AUGGUUGGUGUGCCCAAAAGCGACGGCUGCGCGCCGUGCAAACGCCGUAAGAUCGGAUGCGAUCGCACGUGGCCCGCCUGCCGCAAUUGCCAGCAAGGCCGCCGCGACUGUCCGGGCCCGUCGCUGCGCUACGCCAAAUUCGUCGACGAAGGCCCCAAGCAGCGCGCCCGUCGACAAGCCGCCGCCGCCUCCGACAGGCCCUGCAGCGGCGUGGAGCUCGUGCGGGGCCAGGACGCCUUUUGCCGACGAGCGUGCGUCGGCCUACCCGCGGCAAUGUCGCCGUCGCUCGCGGACCGGCUGGCGAGGCACCUGGUGGAGACGUUGAUGAAGGAGCGCGAGGAGCCUGCGAGCCAGCUUCGCAUGUUCGGGCCCUUCAUCGGCGAGGUGCCGCGCAUGUUGGGCGCCGCUGCAGCCUUGGACAGCGCAGCCAAUUGCCUGGCCGACAUGCACGCCGUCACGAGGCGCGGCCGCGUUGGCCAGACGGAUCCCACGCUGUACGGAACGGCGCUGGCGAGCCUGCGCGCCGCCGUCGCCCACCCGGACGAGGGCCGCUCCACCCUCACCCUGUGCGCCGCGGCGCUGAUGGCCAUGACCGAAGCAUACGCCGUCGGCACCUGUGGCACCAACCGCACCUUCAUCGCCCAUCUUGGCGGCGCCGCCCAGAUGCUGAGGCUGCGCGGGCCCGCCGCCUUCCAAGACGCCCACUCGGUCGAGCGUGCGAUCCUGCGCGCCGUCACCGUCGGCAUCGCCCUCGACGCCCUCUUCUCCGGUCGCGACAACAUCCUGACCGAGCCCGAAUGGCACGCCGUGGCCUUUGACACGACCGGCCUCGUCGAGCCGCGCCUCAGCCUGAACCGCAUCGCGCGCGCCAUGUCGUACCUGCCGGCGCUGGCGCGGGACGCCCGGGCGUACCACGCCGCUCGGCACGACGAGUCGACGGCCAAGGAGCUCCUCGCGCGCGCCGCCUCGCUGAAAGGCAUGUUGGCCAUGGCGGGGCCCUUCGUCGAGGCGGCGCAGGCCGACCCGGCCCUCAUGUGGCGCGCGGGGCCCGACCGGCUCGCCUUCGCCAACGCGGGCAUCGCCUUCUCGCUCUGGUUCUUUUGGGCCAUGUCGAUAGCGGUGGACGGCAUCGCGGCGGGGCUGGCGCCGCAACAGCACGACGCGUCGCUGGCUUUGGCGUGCGUGGGACGGGCGCGGCUGCUGCGGGACUCGUGGCCGUGGGCGCGCGGGUGCCGGCCGCUGGGAGCCAUGUACCUGGACGUGGGGCUCAUCCUGGCGCACAAGGCGCUGAGGCUGUGGGGCGGCGAGGCGGGCGACGGAGGAGAAGUGCUGGAGGCGCUGGCGGGCCUGUCCGAGGGGGCGCGCGCGGCGUCGGCGGGAGACGCGGUUCCCUGGACGGUCGAGCACGUGGAGCGCGUCGGGGCGUGGCUGACGGGCGGCGCAGUCGACGAGCGUGUGGCGCUGCCGCCGAACGGGUUGCGCGUGCCAAGCCAGCGCCAAGCCAGAAGCGAAGGGAGCGAUGGGCGCCGUCUCCGCACCGUCGCCGGCUCGCUCCCGUAG